CCCACUUCAUUUCCUUGUAUGUAAUACUCUCUCUCUCUCUCUCUCCAUUUCAAGUGGAGUAAGAAAAAACUAAGGAGGACAAGAGAGACCGCCAAGAAAAAAUGUCCGGUAAGGUCCGAGUAGAGGAGGACCCAAAAGUCCCCUUACUAGACUACUCAAUAUCAACCGUCGGAUCAGAAUACCAAGAGGAUGAUCAAGAUCUAGAUCUUCUACGGAGGGUCUGGAUUGAAUCAAAGAAGCUAUGGCACAUAGUGGGCCCCGCCAUCUUCAGCCGCCUCGCCUCCUACUCCAUGUUCGUUAUUACCCAAGCUUUUGCCGGUCACCUCGGCGACCUUGAGCUCGCUGCUGUCUCCAUUGCCACUAAUGUCAUAGUUGGUUUCGACUUUGGCCUCUUGUUGGGGAUGGCAAGUGCUUUAGAGACUUUAUGUGGACAAGCCUAUGGAGCCAAGAAGUACUAUAUGUUAGGUGUAUAUAUGCAGCGUUCUUGGAUUGUGCUAUUCAUAUGUUGUGUACUGCUUUUGCCUCUCUACAUAUUUGCAACUCCAUUUUUGAAGCUAUUGGGACAGCCUACAGAAGUGGCUGAGCUAGCUGGGGUUGUGUCCUUAUGCAUGAUUCCACUUCACUUCAGCUACGCCUUUCAGUUUCCACUGCAGAGAUUCCUGCAGAGCCAGCUCAAGACCGGUGUCAUUGCGUGGGUGGCGCUGGUGGCUCUGGUGGUGCAUGUGUUUGUCAGCUGGCUGUUUGUCCACCAGCUUCAGUUUGGAGUGAUUGGCACUGCAAUUACCUUGAAUUUCUCUUGGUGGGUCACCGCGCUUGGGCUGUUUGGUUACGCUGUUUGUGGUGGGUGUCCACUCACUUGGACUGGCUUCUCCGUUGAAGCCUUUUCUGGUCUUUGGGAGUUUGCUAAACUCUCUGCUUCUUCUGGUCUUAUGCUUUGUUUGGAGAAUUGGUACUACAGAAUACUAAUAUUGAUGACUGGGAACUUGAUAAAUGCAGAAAUUGCAGUGGAUGCGUUGUCCAUCUGCAUGACAAUCAAUGGGUGGGAGCUGAUGAUUCCUCUUGCAUUUUUUGCUGGAACUGGGGUGAGGGUGGCGAACGAGCUCGGGGCAGGCAAUGGAAAAGGAGCCAAGUUUGCUACAAUGGUGUCAGUGAUGACAUCUAUAGUGAUCGGUCUCUUCUUUUGGUUAUUGAUUAUGAUGUUUCAUAAUCAAAUUGCCUUAAUAUUCACAUCUAGUAAACCUGUCCUCGAAGCAGUAAGCAAGCUUUCAAUUCUCUUAGCCUUCACCGUUCUCCUCAAUAGUGUUCAACCAGUUCUUUCCGGGGUUGCUGUUGGAUCUGGAUGGCAAUCGUAUGUUGCAUACAUAAACCUUGGCUGCUACUAUCUGAUUGGAGUCCCACUUGGAUUUAUAAUGGGAUGGGGUUUUCACCAAGGAGUCAUGGGUAUAUGGGCCGGAAUGAUUUCGGGUGGAACUGCAGUUCAAACUUUGAUAUUGGCGAUUAUUACCAUUCGAUGUGACUGGAAAAAUGAGGCGGAGAAAGCAAGCAUGCGUAUGAAGAAGUGGGGAGAGUCGGAGAGACGAUGAGUCAACAAUAGUCCGUCCACUGUUAGAUAAAAUAGUUUGGCCUCGCGAGAACUUUUAAUUUAUUCUGCAUCCAUGUAUACCAAAGUCUUGGAAUGUUGGAAUUUAAAGGAAUUAAAUUAAUAUAUGACCAUUAUUAUUUUUAAAAA